GCUAAGAAAAGAAGUUGGGAUCCCCAAUACCUACAGUACCAACAGAAACGGGAUGACUUUGGGAUGUUGCCGCGACCACUCUGUUGCCAAAAGCACGUGUUUUCCGGAUGAAGCUGCCCAAGGCCUCCGGAUUAGGUACGAGGGCGGCCUCCCUUCAUCUCCGCUUGCUCUCUCUCGCAUUCACUCUGAAUCUUCCACGUCUCUCGUCUCUCAUCCUUCUACAUCACAGUCUACAACAACUUUCCCCAUGUCUCGGCUCUCGAGGCGUCACAGCAGACACACACACACAUGCGCGUCCAAGGAUCCCCAAGUCCCAAAAACAACGCUACGCCCAAAGCUUGGCACGGGUGACAUUUCGGGUGGCCCACACCAGCUUGAACCAGCAUGGAACAGUGAACACACACCAGCAGGCACUGGUCCAGCACAUCUCCACGUCCCCUCAACGCGCGCCCCACGUUUCGCCCAAUCGUCAGCCGUGCCGCUCUUCCGCCACAGCGGGCGGUCUCUCCCUGGUCUCCAGUUCAGACUCUAGAUUCCCAGAGUCCAACGAACCUGAACCUUGGAGCACAUCGCUACAAUUAUCUCACCCUUCCUCUCCUCCACUGGCACCCGCUUCAUCGACGGGUCUCCAUCAACAAUCUUUUCAGCCCUCUCCCGCCCUCUCAUGCGUUGUUUGUUUCACGGCAGUGCUCGUAGAUGUUGAAAAUGAGGGGGCAGUGGUGGGCUCUGGGUAAAUCGGCUCGGAUAUCAAUGCCUAGCACCGUAACACAGCCCUGCAUCUCAACGGCGUUACGGCACUCCAUCUCUUUGCUGAGUAAAUUCUGAAGUAAAACACACCAACACAGUCCAGCAGCAGACAUGAAUAGGAGAAUGGAGCAUAGCCGCGAGAAAGCGCAAAAAAGACCAAGGAUGAAACAACCAAACAAACACCUCAGCAGAGAGUACCUAAGUCAGACGGGGGAUAUCAACAGCGCUCUCGCUCCGGAC